AAUUUAAUAUGAAUAUAACACUUGAUACGCAUAAUUAAACGAUCAGUAUAAAUUAGACAGAAUAAAUAAUUCAAAGAAUCGAAUGUGAUUAGAAUCGGCAUAUAGAAAGUACAUCUCUAAAAUACAUAUUUCAUGAAUUAUGACAUGUUCUAUGACAUUUUAUAUAAACUGUACAUAUUUUGAAAGUGUCAAUUAGUGUCAAUUCAAAUUGAAUAGUUUGAUUCUCUGCAACGGUUUGGAAUUAAGCAAAUACUCGGCACGUUAAAUAAUCUCAUCGAAAAAACUGGAGCAUAUCAGAGCAUACAGUAUGGAAUGUGUUCCAUAUUAUUAAUCACUUACAAUAAAAGUGAAACGUUUGACACGUAUAGUGUUGUAUUAAGCAUUUGUUGAAAAAGUUCAUGUCUCUUGAACAAUUUGUUUAUUAAGCAACAAAUCACAAUGGCAUCGUGUAGAAGCACGAGAGAAGUUUUACUAUCGCUUAUAGAUGAUAUUGAGUUAAUAGCAAAAGAAAUGAUAGAGAACACAAUUGCUCAAAAGCCUCAAAAGCUUUCAAGUACAGAGCAUGCUCAGUUAACCGAAUUAUUGGUAGCCAAGGAUAAUGAAUUAAAGACCACAUUGAAACGAGCUGCAGAACAAGCCAAAAUCAAUUUGAAGAUGGAGGGUUUGAAAGCUGAGGUAGAGAGACAAGACCAGGACAUUCAGCAAUUACAGCGACAGUUGAAGGAAGCAGAACAGAUUUUAGCUACUGCAAUUUAUCAAGCAAAGCAAAAAUUACAGUCUAUUGCACGUGCCAACAAGAGGCCGGUUCCUUCAGAAGAACUUAUUAAAUAUGCACAUAGAAUAAGUGCAACCAAUGCAAUUUGUGCACCAUUAACAUGGCAGCAAGGUGAUCCUAGAAGACCUUAUCCCACGGAUAUUGAAAUGAGAUUAGGUUAUCUAGGACGAUUAAGUGAUAUGCCUUUAAAUGGUCAGUUGCUUGGAUCACAUCCUGUGCCAUCUGAUUUGCAUAGAGCAGGACAUCCUGCGGGAGAACCACCUGUUUCGCAAUCGAAUCAGUUUGCUUGGCACCCAUCAGGAGAUAUUCAUAUGUCUGUUAGUGGACAAGGUAGUGUUGCUGUAAAUACACAUAAGCAAGAAACUGAGGAUGUGGAAGUUAUGUCUACAGAUUCCUCAAGCAGUUCAUCUAGCGAUUCUCAAUUACAAAAAGAAGCACAAACCAAUAGUGGAGGUAACUGUUGAAUAAGUCGACAAACAUGGACAUAGUUUCUUAGAUACCAAGC